AUGACGGGGGUGCUGGAGAGUCUGAUGCCGGACAUGCACACCAGCCAGAUCUCCGCCGGCAGCUACCACCAGCACGGCGGCCUGCACAAGCCGCAGGAGUCCCCCACGCUGCCCGUCUCCACGGCCACCGACAGCAGCUACUACACCAACCAGCAGCACGGGGCAGCGGGCGGGCCGCCCUACGGCCCCGUGAGCUCCUACCCCUACGCGGGCGGCGGCACCGCCCCCUACUCUGCCAAGGCCGCCUACGACGUGGGUUACGGGGGCGCCUACGGCUCCUACGGGCCCUACGGCAGCAGGGCCUCCCCAGCCAACAAUGACUCUGCAGAGAAGGAAGACUGCGAGCCGGAGAUCAGGAUCGUGAACGGGAAACCGAAGAAAGUGCGGAAGCCCCGGACCAUCUACUCCAGCUUCCAGCUGGCGGCUCUGCAGCGGCGCUUCCAGAAAACCCAGUACCUCGCCUUGCCCGAGCGAGCGGAGCUGGCGGCCUCCCUCGGCCUCACCCAGACGCAGGUAAAGAUCUGGUUUCAGAACCGCCGCUCCAAGUUCAAGAAGAUGUGGAAAAGCGGAGAGAUCCCAGCGGAGCCGCCUCCCCGCCGCAGUUCUUCACCACCGUCUCCCUCCUCGCCCCCCGCGUGGGACUUCGCUCCGCACACACGUACCGCGGGCGGCGCCGGCACCGCAAGCCCCAGCCCCGCCGCCGCCUUCCUCGGUAGUUACUCGUGGUACCCGCCGGCCCCCGGCGGCCCGGCGCCCCUGCCGGCGGCCGCUCCCCUCCCGCAGCCGACGCAGCCCCCGCAUCACCACGGCAGCGGCAAUAUCUUCUAG